UGUGCAAAUAUAUCAACCAACUAGACUGCCACUCGAAUCAGGUUUCUGAGAGAGAGAGAAACAGAGAGAGAGAAGAGGAGAGAGAGAGAGAGGCGUUCAUUUCGCAGGGAGAGAGAUACGGAGAGGGAAAACAUCGCUGGAGCAUUGAAAGAAGCGAAAGACUUACUACUGGGUCAAAUUUACAGAUUCUUUAUCCCUCCAAAUUAAAUAAAAACAGAGUGAGCACUUUGUAAUAAAAAAAAAAAAAGUUGAAGACGCAGUUAUGGCCGGAAUAAGGUUGGGACGCAGAACAGCGCUGUGCACCUUGCUCUUCUGGAUAAUUCAAGUUUGCUGUGGCGCUGUAACUGUGAAGGUGAAUCCGAAGGUGGAGGCGGACGGAGGAACAACAGCCAAACUGCCCUGUGCAUAUUCUGGCACAGCCUUGCCAGAUGUUGUUGUUGGUUGGCACAUUGACUAUGAAAAUCAAAGAGUAAGAGUGGCCUACCGUAAAAAUUCUGGCGAGCGAAUGAGCGACACCGGUACUCCUCUGGUUGAUCGAGUCACUCUCGAAGAAGACCUCACCUUGACCAUCAAGUCUGUGAAACCCUCUGAUCCAACCAAAUACUACUGCCAGGUCACUGCUGGCAAGGACGGGUCUGGAGAAGGCGAAACUACUCUUGACGUGUUUGUUGCUCCCCAGAAACCGGAAAUCAAAAAACCGUCUCAGGCCAUCUCAGUGGGAGGACAGAUCAGCUCAGAGGUUGGCACUUGCGUAGCAACCAAUGGAUUCCCCUCUCCAAGGAUCAUUUGGUUCAAAGACAACCAGCCUCUUCCUGAGGUCAAAGACAGAAGGGAAAAGACCUACAUGGUUCUUUCUACGGUGAAGGAGACUUCAGGUCUUUACACCAUAAAGAACUCACUGUACAUGCAGCCCACGAAGGCCGACAAGGACUCUAUACUUCAUUGUACUGUGGAGUACAGCCUGGCAGGAGAGAAGAACAAGAACAUCCAGAAGAAGUCUGAACCCAUGAAAAUUGAACUUCGCUAUCCUUUUGAAAAAAUUAUGUUUAAUCUUUUCAACCCUACUGUGGUCAAAGAGGGUGAUAAUGUCACCCUAAAAUGUGAAACUGAUGGAAACCCACAGCCUUCGUUUGACUUUACAAAAGAUGGACGUAAACUUUCUGGUGCGGACAGUUCUCUGAUACUGGAGAAUGUCAAGCGUACGGAUUCUGGAAUAUACGUGUGCUCUGCGUUCGACGCAGAAAAUUAUGAUGAGAAGUCAAACAGCACGGUCCUUAAUGUCAACUACAUUGACGAGAUGAGCGUCACUCCCACUGGGAAUCAGAUUAUCGAUUUGGGAAAGCAGGUUAAGUGGCAGUGUAAGACCAAGGCGUCUAAAAACCACACUGUGCUGUGGAAAAAGGACUCCACUGUGCUUUCUCAAGAUGGCACUCUAUCAAUUGGAAGUGUUGGCUAUGAACACGCUGGAGAGUACAUGUGUGUUGGCGCUGUUCCAGAAGUCCCGGGACUGACAGCUAAGACCAUUGUAAAGCUGACGGUGAAAGGAAAACCAAAGAUUGGGACCCCUGUUGUUGGGGAGGUGGCAAAAGAAGGAGAUGAAGUGACCCUGAAGUGUUCGGCCAAUGGUUUUCCCAAACCUCAGUUUACAUGGUCAGCCUCAGGAAAGGAGUCCAUCUCAGUGGAAGAGAACAUGGUGGUAAGCUCUCUGACCCUAAAAACCACACCUGAGAUCAUGAAGAGCGGUGUGAAGUGCGAGGUCUCCAACGAGUUUGGAAAAGAUAGCAAGGACUUCUCUGUAGCUGUCAAACAAGCAAACUCAGCUGAAGUGCUGCUCUCUGGAAACCCUGUGCUUACGUCAGCUGAGAAGCAGCAGGAAGGCUCCAGCGCUGUGGUGGUUGCCGUGGUGGUCUGCGUUCUUCUUCUUCUGCUGCUGGUAGCUUUCUUCUACUGCCUGAGCAAGAAGACCACGAUUUGCGGCAAGAAGGAUAAGAAGGAAGCGGCUACUGCACAGGUGAACAACAUUGUGGUGGAGAUGAAGACGGACAAGGCCAAUGAGGAGGCCGGACUCCUCAACAAAAAGAUCAACACAGAACAGUAAUCAACCCAGAUGAUUAAAUAACUCUGAAGGACGAAGGACAGAAGAUGACAGUUUUGAGGACAGCAGGACUUUUUUGCUUUCUGAUUCAUGAUUGUGAAGGAGAUAACCUGGGUGGUGCUGGGGACGGGUGCAUGUUCACAGCUUCAAAGGAUCACCAUGGGCUCUAGCCCAGGUUGUUUGUUUUCCAACCUGGGCUAGAGCAGCUGGGUGGGGAGUUUUAAUUUUCUUGCUCAAUAAAAUUGUUAAAAACUCCAUCUAACUCACAGCAUCAAACAAUUCACACAAAAAUGAAAUGCUUCACUGGAUAACAUGGUUAUUUUUUUUUUUUUUUGGCAAUCAAACCAUUUAAUUGACCCAUUGUUUCUUGUUCUGGUUUGUGUCUUAAUUCAAUGAUUAAGCAGUAAGCUUUUCUGUUUUGUAAUUUGUGUUUAAUUUGUUUCCUGUCUGCUGGGGAUAUUGGGAAAAACUAUAAUCUAUUAUCUAACUCACUUCUGUAGAGAAUUUCCUCUCACACAAGGUUAUCCUUCAAGCAAACCGUUUGUUAAAUCUUUGCUUCAGAGUCUGUAUUUGAUUUGCUGGUGUUUUACAUUAUUGUUGCCAGCUGCUUAUGUUUUGCAUAAAUCUCUUUUCAAAAUCCAUAAUUUUAAUAGAAUCAGGUACUUAAUCAGUCUCUUUAGAAUCCCAUAUGGUUUCAAAUUCAGUUUGAAAAACACCAAACAAGCCAGCAUUUUGGUUGUAAAUUGUUUUUAAUGUUUUCAUUUAUGUAUAUGAUGUCAGUUUCUGGGAUUUUUGUUGUUUUUUUUUUGUUUGUUUUGCUAUUAUCCUUCAAUGCAAGUUGAGAGACAGUUUUGAAUUGUUAGAGAACAUGGUGAAAUUGGUUCCUACUCUUGUGUUUGAUGUAUCUUGAAAUCUCGGAAGGACUUCAGUCUCAAAUUAAAUUACUUCUGGUAGCAAGUCGGGAAAAACUGUGGAAUUAGCUUGGAACUAGCAUUAGAUACCAGCUAUUAAAAGUGUUGUUUUUGUCCCCUCUAUUUUUAUGCAUGAAAAUAGAAAUCCACUCCCAAAUAGUAGCUGCACUGGUUCAAGUUACAAGCUCUCAAAAUUGAAAGUAAACAGUUAUUCCCACAGUUUCGGCUCUGUUUCAUUUAUGAAGGUGAGCUCAAGCUGGCUUGGGAUCUCUGACUUGAAAUUGAAGUGAAAUUUCCAAAUUUAAUGAACAUUCAAUUGCAUUUUUCAGAUGGAGAACUACAAAUUAUGACAUUAGAAAAAACUGCUGGGCUUCAUUUGUUACAAUUAGAGUAUUUUUGGAUGUCGACCUCACAUUUUCAUGAUCUCCAUUUUAAACUAUAAAAGUAGGGAUCUUUGGCAAAAGUCUAAAACUUUAGCUUUGUCUUCUAUUACAGACAAAUGGGAUUUUCAGGAAGUGCAGAGGUCUAGUCAAAACUUCACCUGUUACAAGUAAAACUAGUUUGGAGCAUGUAGGGAAGAGAGAAAAUAAGAUUUGGGGUUGUUUCUGGAAUAUAUGAGGUGUGUCUUUAUUUUUUCAUUUUUUACCACUUUAAAUGUGGCGACAGACACAUCAUAUUGUCAGUAUUCAGGUACGUAAUUGAGACAUUUUUCUUUCACUGUCAGCAGGCCAAAAAAGGUUGGGUAGCAGGUUGAAUCCAUAUUUUUUUACUUUGUUAUACACUGGAACCAAUGACCUUAAUAGAUUUCCUAAGAAAAGGUCACCUCAAACCACUAUCUGUGGCCAGAAACCUUUUAUUGUUUUUUCAAUGUCAGUUGUUUUUAUUCAGCAGAAAUGAGACUUUGAUUGCUGUCCUUACUUUCUUCUUUUUUUUUUUUGCCAUGUUUUAUAUAAUAAUGUUGUGGUAUAUAAUUUGUUGGUUUUUUUAGAGAGGGGAUUCUUAAUUUUGGAACUACUGAGUUUUAUUGUUUCCACACUUUUUCUCUUGCUGAGAAAAGAUAGAAUUGUUUGGGACAUUUUGCAUUACUUUUGAUUUUAUUUUGUCAAAUGAGAUAUUCUCAGCGCUUUACUUCUUUCUCUUUUUAUUGUAUGCUGUAUAUUUUGUGGUACUGUACACUGUUUGUGAUUAUUGUGGUGUGUUGAUGUUGAUGUAUCAUGUUUUUACUUUUUUUUCCAGCUGUUUAGAAUUUAUAAUGAAACAAAAAAAAAAACUCAAGAAAGCCAAUCACACCCCAAUACUCUGUGGUUUUAUUUCCCUGUUCAAUACUCUGAGUUGAUUGUGGUUUUAUAACUAUAGAGAUAUUUCCAUACAAAUUCAGUAACUAUGCAGUAAAACCCACAUAACAUCAUUAUACUUGAAGUACAGAUGCAUCUUAAUAGAUUAAGACCAUGUGUAGACCAAUCACUUACAAGCUAUCUUACAGAUACGUCGUUAUUCAUAUUAAUUUUGGGUAUUACUAUAUUAAUUUUAGCAUUUUGUCUACUUUAAAUGAACCAGAGUUUGUUUCCCCUGUUGGGUCAGACUUUUUGUGCAGGUGUGAAUAGACUCAAGUAAACCUUUAAGUGGACCAAACAACCGGACCACCGGCCACCUCUCUGGUGCCUCUGGUGUGAAUACAGACCGGCCCUGAUACAAACCAACUACUGGAAAUAUACAUCUUUUUGAACUUCAUGAGCCACUGUUGGUGGGCAUCAUGGUAAAAAUCAGCCUUUCAGUGUUGCUAACAAUACUACUCAAUGUAUUGAUUGUACUGAAAUUGUACCUGAUUCACAGUUUUCUGCUUAUCGAUGCUGCUGUCACCAUGUUGUAGAUCAGAACAUGCAGAGCAUCCGAUCUCAUUCAGCAUGCGGCACACAUUUGCAGACACUGUUUCAAAAUUAGGAAAAUCACAUCGCAAAAUCUGUGUUGUAUGAGCUGCUCGUGACAUUCAAAAUGAUAUUUAAGUUGUAAUUAGAACACAAAUGUGCAUGACAGAAAUGCAGAGCGCAAGAUUUACAAAGUUUCUUUUUUCUGUGUUUGUGCUUUCUCCUGCCUACGUAAUUUCAAGUCAAUGGGAGCAAUGAUGGUUAUCUGUUUCGAUUACAAAUUAUAGUCUGCUUGCAAAAAAGUACAAUGUGGGAGCAAACUGCAACAAAAAAGAAAGCUUGCCAAACUUAUUCCUUCCUUACAACUUCCCAUUAAAAUGUACAGUAAAAUA